AUGAAUGUUGAUGGAGCAUCAAGGAACAACCUUGGAGGUGCCAGUGCUGAAGGAUUAAUUGGAAAUGAUCAAGGAUGCCGGCUAGAUGGAUUCAAUGCGAACUUAGGUAAGGCAACCAAUGUUGCAACCUUACUUGGGCUCAAGAUUACCAAGAGUUCAGGUCACAAGGAAUUGGUUAUUGAGACUGAUUUGCAGUUUGCCAUCUCCCUGAUCAGAGUAGCCUCAGAAGACAGCCAGUAUCGGAAUUUGAUUGCAGAGACAAAGGACAUGCCGAAGUUUGACUGGAAGUACAGAUUGGAACCAGUGUUGUUAAACUCGGACCGGAUAGCGACUUGGCUAAACUACUGGGUCAGGGGUUAA